CUUAUCUUCCCACCAACAAACCAUAACCAUUCAAUCACAAAUCUCCGCCGGUUAUCAAAAGAUGUUUGAGAUUAUUCAGGCGGCUAUCACCGCUGGGGCUGCAUUAGCUCUCUUGGUACUCGCCGGUAUAACCCUUGGCGGCUCAGCCGUGGGAUUAGCCAUAACCACGCCGCUUUUUGUCCUUUUCAGCCCGAUUCUCGUGCCAGCAACUAUAGCCACCGCUUUGCUAGCUACGGGUUUCACGGCCUCCGGCUCGAUCGGUGCCAUGGCUGUCACCAUCUUCAUGUGGCUCUUCAAGAAAAUAACCCGCCAAAAAUUCAAGGAUUAACCCCGAAAAAUCCAACUACGGAAGGGCAAAAAAAGAGGAUGAAAAA